UCCUCUUCAUCAUCAUCAUCGGGGGCACCACCUAAAUAUCCUAGUCCAUCUCCUAAUUCUAGAAAGAAAGUUAGAUGCAAGAACAAGGAAUAUGGACAAUGUUAUAACCAAGAGCAUGUGUGUCCAGCCACUUGCCCCACCUUUUGUCAAGUCGAUUGUGUCACUUGCAAGCCUGUUUGCAAUUGUGACUAUCCGGGGGCGGUAUGUCAAGACCCUCGCUUCAUUGGAGGAGAUGGAAUCACAUUUUACUUCCAUGGAAAGAAGAAUAAAGACUUUUGCCUUGUAAGUGACCCCAAUCUCCACAUCAACGCACACUUCAUAGGAAAAAGAAAUAAAAACAUGGGUCGCGACUUCACAUGGGUUCAGUCAAUUGGAAUCAUGUUCGACAAGCACCGUCUCUUCUUAGGUGCCAUAAAAACCUCCGAAUGGGACGAUGCUAAAGAUCGUCUCUCAUUGGCGUUUGAUGGAGAACCCAUAUUCUUGGAUGAAACUCUUGGCUCUCAAUGGUCAUCCACCUCCAAGCCACAAGUCAUAAUAACAAGGACGAGUGAAACCAACAAUGUUAUCAUUCAAGUCCAAGGGAAACUCAAGAUCAUGGCCAAAGUAGUACCUAUUACAGAUGAAGACUCUAGGGUACACAACUAUGGCAUAACCAACGAGGAUCGCUUUGCUCAUCUCGAUCUCGGAUUCAAAUUUCAUGCAUUGACUUCAAGAGUUGAUGGUGUGUUAGGGAAAACUUACAAGGAUGACUAUGUAAGUCGAGUGAAGAUAGGAGUAGCCAUGCCAAUUAUGGGAGGAGACAGGGAGUAUGCAAGUAGUAGCAUUUUCGCCACUGAUUGUUUGGCUUCGAAGUUUGAUGGUGGCCUGGAAGAGACUUCCUUGCAAACCAUGGAUCAUGCUAGCAUAAAAUGUGCUAGUGGGAUGAAUGGACAAGCAGUAGUUUGCAAAAGGUAACCAAAAUAAACCCGGGUUACGAGAAUUUUAAAUAAAAUAUUUAUAUAAGGCUGAAAGCCUAUUGUAUUUUUAAUUUUUUUACGGUAUGGUUAAUACCUGAGAUAUUUGUAAUAAAAAUCAUCAAGUUGUAAGAUGAUUGCAUAAAUACAUAUAUAUAUAAGUAUAUAUUGAUCAAGU